UCUGACUUGACGGCGGCUGGUGGCUGUGAUCCUCCGGCGGCGGCGCUUCUGAUCCGGAUAUGAACGGAGGGCGGAUCCGUGGGACCACAGGCCGGUGUUCUGCGGUAUCCUCCAUCUGAUCCGGACCGUCCGCUGUCCCUCUGACCCACCAUCCAGGCUCGGCCGCUGCAGCGGUUUCCAGGUGAAGCGGACCCCGGACUCGGUUCUGCUGCGAUGGACAACCUGAGUGAAGCUCUGGAGAAGCUGAAGCUGGCGUCUACGGACAGCAGCACUGACAGUGUGGAAUGCUGCCUGGACUGCCUGCUCAAAGAACUCGCCAACAACAAUUCCGAGGCCAGUGUCAGGGUCCAGGAGAUGGGUGUUCUUCCCCUUUUUCCGACCCUGCUCACCCCUCAGUCUUCCUGCACCCCUAAAGUGGCCAACGUCAUUGCCGAGUUGGCCAAAAAUGAGUUCAUGCGGACUCCCUGUGUGGACGCCGGCCUCGUCCCUCCGCUCGUUCAGCUGCUGAGCUCCACCGACCAGGAGGUUUUGCUGCAGACGGGACGAGCUCUGGGAAACAUCUGCUAUGACAGCCAUGAGGGCAGGCGAGCAGUUGACCUGGCAGGAGGCGCUCAGAUAGUAGCUGCUCUCAUUAAAUCCCGCUCCCAAAAUACCGAGCCGGAAAAUCAGAAGCUCUUGACUGUCUUUUGUGGCAUGCUGAUGAACUGUAGCAAUGAUCAUGAUUCCUUGCAGGCCCAGUUAAUCAGUAUGGGCGUGAUCCCGACCCUGGUCAACCUGCUCGGCGUCCACUCCCACAACGCAUCCCUGACGGAAAUGUGUCUGAUUGCCUUUGGGAAUUUGGCUGAGCUCGAGUCCAGUAAAGAACAGUUUGCGUCUACGUGCAUCGCUGAGGAGCUGGUGCAUCUUUUCCAGAAGCAGACAGAGCACGAGAAGAAGGAGAUGAUCUUUGAGGUCCUGGCUCCACUUGCAGAAAACGACGUGAUCAAGCUGCAACUGGUGGAGGCUGGUUUGGUGGAGUGUCUCCUGGAGGUGGUGGCCCAUACUGUGGACGGGGACAGGGAUGAGGAUGUGGCCCAGCUGAAGACGGCCUCGGACCUGAUGGUGCUCCUGUUGCUGGGAGAUGAGUCCAUGCAGAAGUUGUUUGAGGGAGGAAAAGGCAGCGUCUUCCUGAGGGUUCUGUCCUGGAUUCCGUCCAACAACCAUCAGCUGCAGUUAGCCGGUGCCUUGGCCAUCGCUAAUUUUGCUCGCAACGAUGGGAAUUGCAUCCACAUGGUGGACACUGGCAUUGUUCAGAAGCUUCUGGAGCUGCUGGAUCGACAUGUUGAGGAAGGAAACGUCACCGUCCAACACGCUGCGCUCAGCGCACUGCGUAACCUCGCCAUACCAGUGGUCAAUAAGUCGAAGAUGCUGUCAGCGGGUGUGGCAGACGUGGUGUUGAGGUUCCUGCAGUCAGAAAUGCCGCCGGUCCAGUUUAAACUCUUGGGGACGCUACGGAUGCUGAUCGAUACACAAGCCGAAGCAGCGGAGCAGCUGGGGACCAAGGUGAAGCUGGUGGAGCGGCUAGUGGAGUGGUGUGAGGCCAAAGACCACGCUGGAGUGAUGGGCGAGUCCAACAGACUGCUGUCGGCCCUCAUUCGGCACAGCAAGUCCAAGGAAGUUGUCAGAACUGGCAUCCAGGGAGGAGGAGUCAAGCAUUUGGUUACCAUGGCAACCAGCGAGCAUAUGAUCAUGCAGAAUGAAGCGCUGGUGGCUUUGGGCCUGAUCGCGGCGCUGGAUUUAGCUGCCGCUGAGAAGGACUUCGUCGGAGCCGGUUUGGUGUCGGUGCUUCACAAGCUGCUGUCCGAUGACAGAAGUGCUCCAGAGAUCAAGUACAACUCCAUGAUCCUCAUCUGUGCUGUCAUGAGCUCAGAGCCGCUGCACAAAGAGGUCCAGAGUCUGGCGUUCAUCGACAUCGUGUCCAAACUGCGGGCUCACGAGAACAAGACGGUGUCGCACCAGGCCUCACUGACGGAGCAGCGACUGACUGCCCAGAGCUAAAUGACUGUGUUGACCCCGCCCACCUGCCUGACCACC